AUGCGGGACGCUUACUUCGGUUCCGCCUCAGACUGGAGCUAUGAGGUGGAGCCUGAUGUCCCCUACACCAGCGAGGAGGUGGGUGGCGCUUUAUAUGCCUUGGAUGGUCAGCUCGCCGAGCUGAGCCAGCUGGUGGCCAGGUCCGUGUCCAGCUUCGCAGCACGGCGCCUCACACAGAGAUGCGCAGGGCUGCUGCACUGCUCCAGCUUGCAGGGGGAGCAGCCCAAGACCUCUCAUGACACAGAGGUCGAUCCUCCAGGUCGGGUCACUGCGGAGGAGGUGGGACUCUACGUGUCGCACUGCGCCAUGAAAAAGGUGGUGCUGCUCUAUGCCUUUGGGAAGAGUGGGCUGCUGCUGCGACCGAGGGCCGACCCCUCUGAGGAGAUCGAACUCUUCCUGGACUCUGGUGUCACGUCGUGGUUUUGGCGGACUGCGCAGCUGGGAGCUUUGGCGGGGGUCAGAGACCACCCCCGCUGGAUUCCAAGUUAG